AUGACCGCAUACGCUCAAUUACACUCUGCGGCGACUCUACUACUGUAUAUGCCACUGCAUCGUAAACUUACCAUCACACCGGCCCUCUACCACCGGCAUUGCAUCUCACAUGCUGCUGUUCGUACAUACGCUUGGCGUAGGCUGUACUCGGCUGGCAAUCCCGAUGAGCUGAUGGAGGAGUCACCCGACGAAGUCCAACGGCGGGAAGACUUGUUGCGCAUGUUGAAGAUGUCCAAAGGAGCUUUGAAGCUUCUCG